UACUAUUCCAUUUAGAUUAAUGAUGGUUGAUGCUUAGUGAAACAGACAUGAGAUAGAGCUACUAUUCCAUUUAGAUUAAUGAUGGUUGAUGUUUAGUGAAACAGACAUGAGAUAGAGCUACUAUUCCAUUUAGAUUAAUGAUGGUUGAUGUUUAGUGAAACAGACAUGAGAUAGAGCUACUAUUCCAUUUAGAUUAAUGAUGGUUGAUGUUUAGUGAAACAGACAUGAGAUAGAGCUACUAUUCCAUUUAGAUUAAUGAUGGUUGAUGCUUAGUGAAACAGACAUGAGAUAGAGCUACUAUUCCAUUUAGAUUAAUGAUGGUUGAUGUUUAGUGAAACAGACAUGAGAUAGAGCUACUAUUCCAUUUAGAUUAAUGAUGGUUGAUGUUUAGUGAAACAGACAUGAGGUAGAGCUACAAUUCCAUUUAGAUUAAUGAUGGUUGAUUUUACAGUUCUAAAUACUGACACCAUUUGAAAAAUGUACUUGUGUUUCAGCUGUUGAGGGUCACAGUUAUUUCCACGUGACUUACACCCAUCAGAGGAUCUGUACCUUGAAGGGGACAUCAGUGGACAUAUCCUGCUCUUAUACUUAUCCCAGUGGUCAUACAGUCUCUGAAACAAUCUGGUAUACAAAAGGAAAACUUGAUGAGGCGUCUCAAAUCCUGAGCCCGGGGUAUGGAGGUCGUGUGGAGUACCUUGGAAAUAUGCAGAGUGACUCCAUCCUGAGAAUCACAGACCUGAGAGAGGAGGAUUCAGAUGAGUAUAAGUUUAGAUUCAGAACAGAUCAGACAACCUGGGAGCCCACCUUCCCUGGAACAACUCUGACUGUCACAGGUCUGCAGGUGAAGGUGACUCCUGCCACUGUGACAGAGGGACAGAAGGUGACACUGACCUGUAGCACCACCUGUACUCUGAGUGACAACCCCACCUACAUCUGGUACAAGAAUGGACAUGUAACCAACCAAUCUACCAGUCUGUUCCUAAACCCAGUCAGCAGUGAGGAUGCAGGCAGAUACUCCUGUUCUGUAGAAGGACAUGAGGAUCUCCCCUCUGCUGAAGAGACUCUCACUGUCACAUAUGGACCAAAGGACACCUCAGUGUCAGUCAGUCCCUCUGGUGAAAUAGUGGAGGGCAGUUCAGUGACUCUGACCUGCAGCAGUGAUGCCAACCCACCUGUGGACAAAUACACCUGGUACAAGAAGAACGUAACCUCACCAAAAGCAUCAGGACAGAGUUACAGCAUCACUAACAUCAUCUCUGAGGACAGAGGAGAAUAUUACUGUGAGGCCCAGAAUGGAAGAGGAUCUAUGAACUCUACAGCUCUGAUGAUCAUUGUAGCAGGUAAAGUUGUUAUGCAGAGUGUCCAUCCUGAUCCUAACAGUGAGACGUACACAGCUCUGAACAUGAAGACCAGGUCACCAGAGUAUGACACCCUGGCAAAUGUGAGGGACUCCCCCACUGUCACAAUCCCUCAGAUAUAUGCUGAUCCCUCCGAUUAUGAGAACUACUACCCGUCCUGA